CCGCUUCACUUUCAGCGGUAAAGUCAACCUUCCGUCCCGCUGCUGGACGUUCCUGCCCAGCGAAGGCUUCUGUUAUCCGGCUGGUAGCUUAGCCCGCCUUCCGGGGGCUAGUUAGCCGCUUAGCGCCUCUAACGGACUGAGCGGCUCCGCUGCGGGGAUGGAGCCCAGCUAGCGGUGGAGCUGACUGGGACGGUCUGGUCUGGGCCUGUGCUUCACCGGAGCGACCCUCUGUUUCCCCUCAGAGACCCACCCAGGCUCGGUAGAAGCUCCGCGCUGCGGGUUGAGAUGAAGAGCCGAGUCUCCGGAACCGGUCGCUGAGGCUCAGCCAGGAUGGACGUGUGCGGAAGGAACCCGAACCGCACGGCGCCGGUCAGUGAGGACGCUUCCCGGCGGUCCGACGUGCCGCUCUGCUCCCGGACAAAUGGCUGGAGCUGGCCGCCUCAUCCCUUCCAGCUGCUGGCGUGGCUGCUGUACGCCUACUUCGCCAUCGCCGGCUUCGGUGUGUUCGUCCCGCUGCUGCCGGCGCACUGGAUCCCCGCCGGCUACAUUUGCACGGGCAUCAUGUUCGCGUGCCACCUGUUGGUCCACGUCAUGGCCGUGUCCAUCGACCCGGCCGACAACAACGUGAGGACGAAGAGCGACAGAGGCCCAGUCCCCAUGUUUGACCGCUCCAAACACGCACACGUCAUCGAGAACUGCCACUGCUACCUGUGCCAGGUGGAUGUGGGUCCUAAAUCCAAGCACUGCAGCGCCUGUAACAAGUGUGUGGCCAACUUCGACCACCACUGCCGCUGGCUCAACAACUGCGUGGGAAGCAGGAACUACAAGUUGUCCACAGUGCAGAAUGAGACAGGUGUGUGUCCACAGUGCAGAAUGAGACAGGUGUGUGCCUGUGUGUCCACAGUGCAGAAUGAGACGGGUGUUUGGUUCGUCUUCCUCCCUGUGGCUCCUCUCAGGUCAGCAGCAGCGGUGAUUCCUGUUCUGGCUGCCGUCACCAUCGCUCUGGGCCUGCUGUCAUCCGGGCUGCUCUGCCACCUGCUGUGCUUCCACAUCUACCUGAUGUGGAAUAGACUCAGCACAUACGAGUACAUUGUGCGACAGCGCCACCGUCUGGACAGCAGAGACCUCAGGAAGCCACCUACGGUGAAGGAGACCAGGCCUCCGUCAGUCAUCCAGGACGAGAACCACUCAGGGACUCUAGGUUACACCAACCCUCAUCCGGACAUUCAGGAGCCCCCUGCCCAGAGGGACACAGACUUCCUGGCCAACGGCAGCAUAAGGAGCGCAUCUAACCCUGUCCCUCAGGAGGAGGCUCCGCCCACCAUCUCUGCAGAGCGGAAAGCACACACCCAUCGACACACACAGGUCUCCUCACAAACACGCUUGGUUAUUAAUUCCUGUAUAAACCCUGUCCCUGUUGUUCUCUCCUCUCCAGCAGCAGAGCCCAGCAGCACGUCUGCCUUUUCCUUGGGUCAGCGGCUUCCUUUCCCAGCAUUCCCACUGAGGGCCUCCCUGCCCCCCCUGGCCCCCCCCCUGGGCUCCGUCCAGGCUGCCGCCCCUCCGGCAGAGUACCACUCAGACUCCGCAGAGUCCCUGGAGGAGAUCCCGGUGGCCCUGGCCAAGCUGGGUUCCUCCUCGUCCGCAGCAGCCGGGGAGGCCUCCAGAUCAUCCCGCACGCUGAUCCGGGGCGUUCAGCAGCAAUCCCCCCUCCCCAGGGCAAAGAAGAAGAGCUCCUCCUCUCGAGCCAAUAAAAACCCAGCCGAGCUGAGGUUUGAAAUGGCGUCCACGCAGCCUCCGUCUGUGUUUGUAAGUCGAUCGAGUGGAGAGCCUGGUGAGGACUUUGGUCUGGGCUGGGAGCAGACCAGAACCAGACCUGCAUCCAGAACUUCUCUGGGUUCCCAGCGGUGACCGGAACCUCCGUCAGCGUCUCUGCUGAAAAGGAAGGGACUCUUAUUCUGAAAGGUUCCGCUCUUAUUUAAUGUUGGACAUGAUUUUUUUUAUUUGACGGACAAAGUGACUCCCUGUGUGUGUUACCCCCCCCUUCACCAUUACUGUUUACUAUUACCGGCUCCUUGGCCUCCUUGUUUCCAUGGUAAUCCAGGGCUGGAGACAUAAAAUUUGAUUAAUAUAUUUUAUAAUUUAUCUCAAUGAGCACAACUUUGUGUUAUUUGUCAUUUCUUUAACUGUUAGAAGCGCCCCCAGGCUGCUAAAGUAGGUACUGCAGGUUGAUCAGAGCAGGUUUGCUCAGGAGGCUGCAGGUGUUUUAUUUUAGUCCUGCUUACCUGCAGCGCUGCUGGGCCUCUUUUCUUCCUCUGCUGCUGUUUCUCUUCAAUCGGAGGAAAUAUUUCUGUCACAUGUGGAUCAAAAACAAACUAAGUUCUGAACUUCCUUCAUCAAAUCAGAGCAGGAGGACUUUCAUCUCUCACUAUUUAGGAGUUUCGGUUUUCCUCCGAAUCAAAAUCAAAUCUGAUCAAUAAAGAAAUAAUUGUGUACAGAAAUAUUCAGGGGAUGUGUGAUGGUGAGGGGGCCUUGCAGCCAGAAGGUCUGGGGUUUGAUUCCCAGCCUCAGGUCUGUGCAGAGUUUUAUAUUGUGCAGGUCCCUCAUUCCUGAACGUUCUAAAUCGUCCUUAGGUGUGAAUGGCGCCCCUCCCCCGGAUGUUUUAAGCCCAAAUUAAGGCUGAAACUGUUCAUGCAUCCUGUGAACAGAUAAUCUGGUUUUAUGAUGCAACUGGAGAAGGAGGUCCGGCAGAAUGCUGGAGCUUCUCUGCAUCUCCGCCUGCUGAGGUCUGACCAAG